AACUGGACUGUAGACCGUCUGUCAUUCUGCAGUCAAGCUAUAAACCGAACAAACAGCCACAGUAAUGACUGUUGACGCGGAGCCAAGUAGUGUUUCGCUGCCUGUUUCUGGAGUAGUGAUAGCAGUAGUAUCAAGUUUCAUCAAUGGGUCGACAUUUGUGCUUCAGAAAAAGGGAAUAUUGCGCGCUCGCGAAAAAGGAGGGUCGUACCUCACAGAUGUGGUGUGGUGGAGUGGCACACUGGCCAUGGUUGUUGGUCAAAUUGGGAAUUUCCUGGCGUAUAAUGUGGCCCCUGCUGUGAUAGUUACACCACUCGGAGCCCUUGGAGUGUUGUUUGGGGCUGUGCUGGCUUCUUGGAUCUUGAAGGAGCAUUUAAAUAUCUUGGGAAAGCUUGGCUGUGUAUUAUGUUGCUGUGGCUCCAUUGUGCUUAUCAUUCACGCCCCUAAAGCUGAGGCUGUAACAUCGAGACUGGAGUUAGAGGAGAGGCUAUCAGACCCAGUGUUUGUAACGUACGCCCUCUUGGUGGCCCUGCUGCUGGUCAUACUAAUUGUGUGGAUUGCUCCCACUCACGGCACAUCAAACAUCAUGGUGUAUGUCGCCAUAUGUUCCCUCUUGGGAAGUUUCACUGUUCCAAGCAGCAAAGGACUUGGCCUGGUUGCACAAGAUGUGUUUGGAGAAGGGCCGUCGGGCAGCAGAGUCCUGGCUCUCUUCCUGGGAUUGUUGGGGACGCUGGCUGUCAGCAUCCUGAUCCAGUUCUUCUUCAUCAACAAGGCCUUGGAGUGUUUCAGCUCCAACAUGUUUGAAGCCAUAUACUAUGUGACGUUCACAUCCACCGUGAUUCUUGCUUCUGCUCUUCUCUUCAAGGAGUGGACUGCACUAACUGUAACUGACAGCAUUGCCAUGCUUUGUGGGCUGACAACAGUGUGUGUCGGGGUUGUUUUGCUCCGCAUUUCCCAAGAGGCGUUGAUUACUUGGAAGAAGAAGACAGACUGAUUGAGAUGACUUGACUUUUGUGCCAUAAUGCAUUUCUUAUAACAAAGUGUCUACACUUGAUCUGACCAGUUUAAAUGACCAAACACUGUAUUUACAGGUGCAUCUCAAUAAAUUAGAAUAUCAUGGAAAAGUCAAUUUCCAGUAGUUCCAGUCAAAUAGCCCCAAACAAGUAUUGAGUGCAUAUAGAUGGACAUACUUUUCAGAGGCCAACAUUUCCAUAUUAAACAUUGAACAACUUUUGUAUAAUUCAAAUUUUUUGACACACUGAAUUUUAGGGCUUAAUUUAAUGUAAGCCAUAAUCAUUUUAAUUAGACGAAAUUAAAUAAAUUAAGACAUGAAAUGUUUCAUUCUGUGUGUAAUGGAUCUAUAUAAUGUGUUAUUUCCACUUUUUGAAUUGAAUUACUGACAUAAACUUUUCUAUGAUCUUCUAAUUUAUUGAGAUGCACCUGUAUAUCUUUUCACUCAGUGCCUGAUAUGGUCCAGUACUCCCCAGUACUGAGUACCGGCACUUCUGAUUUUUGUCCCAGUGAGGUACCCAUGCUUAUACUUUUUAUUAACACUUUUAUUAAAAUGUUAAUGGGCUGAUAUUUAUACCAAAAUAGACAAUAUAUCAUGUAUUAUUGGGAGAAACCAAGCAAUUCUAUGUAAAAUCAGACAUUCAGCACCCCUGAAUGGAAUAGUCAAUUGUUUCGUAACCACAUUUUAACACAACUUCAACUUUAACGAUUCAAUUGUGAGAUUGACAGUUAAAUCAGGCUCAUUAGAUCUAAUAGUCAACCAUUCAGGGUUACCCCUAUAAGAUAUACAAUCAUGAAAAAAAUAUCAGACCACCCUUUUCUUCAAUUUCUUGUUCAUUUUAAUGCCUGGUACAACUAAAGGUACAUUUGUUUGGACAAAUAUAAUGAUAACAUCAAAAUAGCUCAUAAGAGUUUAAUUUAAGAGCUGAUAUCUAGCCAUUUUCCAUGGUUUUCUUGAUACUAUAUAAAAACCAUAACUUUC